AGUGACACCAAGAACGACACGUGGAUCUUUGUGCUGACCGUGCUGCUCUCCAGCACCAUGAUCUACAACAGCAAAGGCACCAUUGACCAGAACGCCAUGGACCAGCUGCACUACGUGACAAAGCUGACUGAGCGCAUCAAGUUGAAAGCAGCAUCCAAGAAGAGUGAAGAUGAGCUGGAGGAUUCCGACAAAUUUGUCGGCUUCUUCCCGACUUUUGUCUGGGCUGUCCGGGAUUUCACACUGGAGCUGCAGGUGGAUGGGGAGGAAAUCUCUGAGGAUGGAUACUUGGAGGACAUUCUGAAGCUCAAGGCUGGCAGCAGCCCCGAGACCCAGCUCUACAACCAGCCCCGGGAGUGCAUCCGCCAGUUCUUUCCGGAACGCAAGUGCUUUGUUUUUGACCAACCAGCUGGGAGGAGGAAACUGCCCCUCUUGGAGGAUCUUCCGGAUGAUGAGCUGGAUCCUGAUUUCCAGCAGCAGGUAGAGAAGUUCUGCAGCUACAUCUGGGAGAAGUCUCCACCUAAGACCGUCCCAGGUGGCCACAUCGUAACUGGGAACCUGCUGGGGAAACUGGCAGAGACCUACCUGGAGGUCAUCCGGAGCGGGGCAGUGCCGUGCCUGGAGAGCGCGGUGCUUGUCCUGGCCAAGGCUGAGAACGCGGCGGCUGUGGAGGAGGCUGUGAGGUUGUACCAGGAGCUGAUGCAGCAGCGGGUGAAGCUGCCAACGGAGACUCUUCAGGAGCUGCUGGAGCUGCACGCCCAGUGUGAGCGGGAGGCCCUGGAGCUGUUCAUGGCACGGGCAUUCAAGGAGAACAUCGAGCAUGCCCAGAUCGAGCUCGCG